AUGACAAUUAAUGAGUUGCUAAGCUCACUCCAACUAAACCGCUUUGGUUACUUUGGUUACAGGAGCUGCCUGGUGUUCACUCUGUGGUACAUUUGCACUUUCAGCCUCAGAUUCCCCGAUAUAGGCCUCGAUGAGUCCCUGCUGAAAUAUUCUGUCACCAACUCUAAUGCUGUGCUGCAGACCUACUCUGAUGGGCUGCUCAACAGCUUGCCAGGCUACAUCGACCAGCUGGCAUCUAGAUUGGCUCCAAUGACUUCAGUCCCAAAUGCCGUUGGACUCGGAGCAUUGGUGAUUUCUAUGAUCAUGGAGAUCUGCAUCACGAACACCAAUCAAACAGCCGAUCAUACAUACAGCAUGCUCCAACGUGUGUUUGGUGAAGAGAAGGCUUCAGCUGUCCGGGACACAGUGUUAGAGUACCUGAGGCGCCAUGAAGCCUUUAUUAACGAUGAUGAACGACUACGGGAGGAAACACGGCAGCUAGAACGGAAGCUGAGUUACCAUCUCACCACCCUGAGGAACUCCAUGGUGCAAGAUCGACAGAUGAGCACCCGUAGCCUCAAAAUCUGGGUCAAUGGAGCCUUCUUCCACGUCCAGAUGUUGAUCCAUGAGGCUCGACUGAAUCUGAAAAUCAACCGUGAACCAAACUACAUUGCAAUCAAAACUGUCACCACUUUCUAUUUGCAGGACUUAGAUGAUUUGCUGGAGCAGUACAAGGACAGUAAGAUCGGUACUAAAAUAUAUGAGAUGGUGACGUGUGGGAAGGAAUGCAGUCGUUUAUGUAUUAUAGAAAAUGAAAGAUAUCAAAAAAUGCAUCAAGUGAGAAAUCUAAAAAAUCCCUGUGGGGGUCCUGAGCUGAAUGAGGCUUUUAUGAAUCAUGUUUUCUCAAAUUAUGAACCAAUAUCAGGCUUGAAGACUCAUUUUUUAAAUGUCAGAGACAACCUCGAGUCUCUAAUUAACCAACAAGGCUCAUUCACUCUGCCAUCAACGGCCUGAGCUCACUUUGAGUUUAACUCUGUUGUCUCAUUCUCCUUAAAUAUCACUGAUCUUAUGCACACGGCUCAGACAUGGCAGAAAAUAAUCUUAAGGUUAAAGAAUGUUUAGAAAAUUAGCUUUUUAGUUUGUUGAGAAUUUCUAAUGAAUUCACUGACUUACAGAGUUAAUUAAAAAGUAAGAGAUUCACUGUGUCUGUUGGACCUGUUUCCGAGCUCCAUGUUCGUAUGCGAUUCACGUGAUCCUGGCGUGGUCUUCAUGCUCAGCGAUGCAGGUCGGACUCGUUAUCAGACGACGACCUUGUCCUGACGUAGACGCUCUGUGCUCUUUUACGAUUGCAAUAAAUGUCCAAAGAUAAGCUCCUGACUUGUUUUAUAUCGAAUAAAACACAAUGUUCUCUAA